AUGGCAACGAACCCCGAUAUUGAAACCGAUAUUUCAUACGAAAUUUUCACGUUCUUUCGAAACCUUAAUAAUGCAGUGGAAUACUGUGAUGCAUCCGCUUUACACGAUCUCUAUGAGAUUCAGUUUGAAGCCCUAACAAAAAAGCAUUAUAUCAUUGGUCCUGGCCAGACACGACCAUGGCCAUCUCUGCGCCUCAAGGUUGUAUCUGAUAAUUUCAAAACUAAAAUUGCCGAACAGGUGUAUAGCUUCAUUUAUUACAAGCACCUCUUUACUGAUCGUGCGGCGAAGCUACAGGAUGCAAAGGUUUCAUGGGCAACCUUCUCAGAUCUCUUCGCUGCCAUCGCGGACGGCUAUUUUGAGCUGCCAAGCUGGAUGCUAUGGGACGUCUUUGAUGAAUUUAUUUAUCAAAUGACAGUGGUUUAUCAAAAACGCUUUUCCACUCGUUCUGAGUGGACUUUGGCAGAGACUUUCAGCAUCAUGGAUCGCGUGAUCGAGAAGUCGGGUAUCAUUCCACUGAUGUCUCAGCCCAAUAUUAUUGAGGACCUUACCAAAGAUGGCAACACCAGGGUCCUUGGCGGGUUCUUCGCGAUUAUAACGCGAUCUAAACUAAACGUUCUCCUUGGCAGCUACUUCGAUGCGCUGUCGGAUCUCCAACCUCUUGAUAUCUUUGGUGUGGGUCGCUCUGUUCUUCAGAAAGUCACGCCCGCCUACAUUUCCCUGCUUUACAACGUCGGGUUCAGUUAUCUUAUGAUCCACCGCUAUGAGGAUGCCAGCAACAACUUUCGCCGCUGCCUGGCGGUCAAGUCCUCCGGGCGAAAAUUCUCGGAGCGGCUUCAGCUGGAUGCGGCGUAUAUGUUCGUGUGCUCGCGCGUGCUGGGGGGGAUGUUGAUCACCAACGUCAGCUCCUAUCUCGAUCCACGCAAAUUAGCCUCCUUUGAGGACGAUAAGGAGUCCCUGCGCUUAGGUGACGAGGAACGAUUUCGAGACGUGUUCGAUCGCUGCAGUCCGAAAUUUAUCAGCGUCCCGCCGCUGGCCACCGGUGUUAAAGGGACAGAGGGGAAGGAACUUCAAGCCCGGAUGUUCCGCCGUGCGGUGCAGCAGCAGCAGGAGAUCAUCAAGCUUCGCGGCUACUUCGGCGUUUAUCAGAAUACCAAAAUGAGCUUACUGGAGACGCUUUUAGACACCGACGAUGGUUAUGCUCCUCUCUUUGCGCUCAAACUUCGUUCUCGGCAGCUUGUGCACAAUGGAGAGUCCCCGGACCUUCUCUCAGGAGACCACAAAGUCAGUGCGCAAUACGAUUGCAUUGUUAGUGAUGAUAACGUCGAGGUCGUGCCGUGUGUUAAUUUUGGUGGCAUGGAAGGAAAAUUCUUCAAUAAAAUCAAAGGACUCCAACGCGCGCAGCAGAAACAAGCGCAACGCAAGCAAAAUCAGACCCGACCACGCCGUGAUCUCGGCGAGGGCAAGCCACAGCAAGGUGAGCGUCGCCGGUUACAGCAGAAGGGCGGGAAAGGUGCUCAAGAGCGUGGUCAAAAUAUCCGGAAUCCCCAACAGCGUCGUUAUAAUAAUACCCAACAUCGUGCCGCUCCAUUGAGUAGCGAUACAAAUAACCUAUUCAACAGGAACGUGGAGCAGUAA